CAGGAUCCAGCAGCGGGCGCGAGAGAUAAGGGGAUAGAGAUUGAGGGAGCGAGAGGAGGUGGAGGAGGAGGAGUUGGAGGAGACCGGGGGCCAGAGCGCGGACGGAGGGAGAGUGACCGGUGGGGACGGAGCCCGGCCAUGAGAUUUUUGUCAAAUGAAUAGCAGCUGAUACAAGCAGUUUAGCAGAUGAGCAGAUUCCACUGGAUAAGAGAGAAUCUGGUCAGAGUAUGCUGACAUGGCCCAUAUAAAGCUUCAAAUACUUGAUUAAUGAUCUAGAAAGGAUUAAGAUACACUGUGGAGCUUGUGGCUACAGGUUCAAAACAAUGAGUUCAUAGCCAUCUUAUCAAGGAAGUUUAAUCAAAGGCGAGCCAGAAUGUUUGGCAGAACACUGAACAAAUAAGGAAUGCGUGACGCAACACUUGACUAAGUGCUUUGGCAGAAGCUGACGUGUUUGUGUUUUUAAAAGAUCUUCGUGUUGGUACUGGCUUUACAAUAUUUGAAGAACCCUUGCUGAAAACUGAGUUCUCUAUAAUUAUGACUCCCUUUUAGCUUUCAAUUAUUGCCAAGUGAUGGGAAUAUCUACUUAAAGAGUGCGAACAAAGAAAUUCCGCUUCUGGUAUUGUGAAAGCUGAAUUCCUAUUCAGUGAGUCCACAAUACUGUGGUUGGAUUCAGGACUUAAGCAACUGCUCGUACAAUGCUGCACAGAGAGUUGUGACAAAUUACUCCCAAAUGGAUUGAAGUUGUGUGAGACACUGUUUUAAAACUUCGCUGUAACAAAAGGAAGCAUUGGCUUGGAUAUCGGUUGUGAACUGUAGUUUCGUAAUGGAAUUUCGAGGAGUGACCACUCAACGUCUGCUCCCUGCUGUGAUUUUUAACGGCCACUUGGGGGACUGCCAGAACAACAUUAAGUUUGUCGUUUGUGAACUAAUGUGAGAUUUUCUGCUAUAAAACACUUAAAACCAGAGUUUAACAAACUUCGGCCAAGAUGUCCUGGAGGAAAGGUUAUUUCACACCGAACAAUAACCUUCAGGGUAUGUUUAUGCCACGCAGCACAACUUCUAUUGCAGCAAGCAAGGGACUGAUGAAUGAGCCUGGGCAGAAUAGCUGUUUUCUCAACAGUGCAUUGCAGGUCCUUUGGCACCUUGAUAUUUUUCGAAGGAGUUUCAGACAGUUGAUCACUCACAAGUGUAUGGGGGAUUCCUGCAUCUUCUGUGCUCUCAAGGGAAUCUUCACUCAGUUCCAGUACAGCAAAGAAAAGGUGUUGCCAUCUGAUGCCUUGCGUAGUGCUCUUGCCAAAACUUUUCAAGAUGAACAGCGCUUCCAGAUGGGGAUCAUGGAUGAUGCAGCAGAAUGUUUUGAAAAUAUCCUCAUGCGAAUACACUUUCACAUCGCAGAUGAAACGAAAGAAGACAUAUGCACAGCUAAACACUGCAUUCCUCACCAGAAAUUUGCGAUGACUUUAUUUGAACAGUGCGUUUGUACCAGCUGUGGCGCAACAUCUGACCCACUGCCUUUUAUCCAAAUGGUGAACUACAUUUCGACAACUGCAUUGUGUAAUCAAGCAAUACGUAUGAUGGAAAGACGUGAGAAACCGACACCUGACAUGUUUGGGGAGCUUCUGCAGAAUGCAAGCACGAUGGGUGAUCUUAGGAACUGUCCAAGCAACUGUGGUGAGAAGAUCAGAAUCCGCAAAGUGUUGAUGAACUCCCCCGAGAUAAUCACUAUUGGUCUGGUCUGGGACUCCGAUCAUUCUGAUCUUGCUGAAGAUGUCAUCCAUAGCUUAGGAACAUGCCUCAAACUAGGAGAUCUGUUCUAUCGGGUGACAGAUGACAAAGCUAAACACACAGAGCUCUAUUUGGUAGGGAUGGUGUGUUACUAUGGUAAACACUAUUCCACCUUCUUUUUCCAAACAAAAAUUCGCAAAUGGAUGUAUUUUGAUGAUGCCCAUGUGAAAGAGAUUGGACCCAAGUGGAAGGACGUAGUGACCAGAUGCAUUAAGAGCCACUAUCAGCCGUUACUCCUUUUGUAUGCAGAUCCGAGAGGCACUCCUGUGACUGUACAGGAUCUGCCCCUACCAGAUUCCCAUCAGUACAGCAGAACCUGUUAUGACAGUGAAGAUUCAGGAAGAGAACCAUCUAUAUCAAGUGACAGCAGGACAGAUUCUUCUAAUGAGAGCUACCAUUACAAACACAGUCAUCAUGAGUCUACGGUCAGCCAUUUCUCCUCUGACUCGCAGGGUACAGUGAUUUAUAACAUGGAGAAUGAUACAGCCUCUCAAAGCAGCAGGGACACAGGACAUCAUACAGACAGUGAAUCUAAUCACCGACCUCCUUUCAAAAAAGGGAUUUCUGUGGAUAGAAGACGGAGUUCUAGCCGACCCAGGCACCCUGAUAAUCGAGGGAAGCCAGGGAAAUCAGAUGAAGUUCCGUCCUGUGGUUAUCACAGUGAAGGUGAAACAUUAAAAGAGAAACAAGCCCCAAGAACUGGACCAAAACCUGCUACUAGUAGAUUAAAGGACUUCAGAGAAACCAUGAGCAAUAUUAUUCAUAAUCGACCUUCACAUAACCAAGACCAGAGUAAUAACAAAUCAUUUCAAGCAAAGAUGACUGAACCUGUAGACAAUGACAACUUCCGAAUGUCAGGCGGACAGUUACGAGACUGGGAAAUAGAAAGCACCAGCAGUGAAUCCAAAUCAAGUUCAUCGAGCAGGUCAAAGACUUACUUGUGGAAACCCAAACGGGAGGUUCUCAAUAUUGACAGUAUUUUCACAAAAGAGAAAAGGAGGGUUGCAUGUUAUACACAGAUGAAUGCAACGCCCGAGGAUGACACUAAAGAUUGUAACCACAAUAAGACUGAAAAUUCAGUAGGAUUUGGAGGUACCCCUUUGACACUGGACAGUACAAAGAAUGAAGGAAAAGGCGUACCCUUGAAUAAUGACAGGUACGAGAAGGCUGGGUAUCCUGGUAAAUGUAUGCAACAAACAGGGACCCACACUUUGGGAGAAAAUGAAUGCUUUAUUCAGAGAAUGGAGUCUGGCUAUGAGAGCAGUGAGCGCAACAGCAACAGUCCAGUAAGUUUGGAUACUUCGGUUACUGAUGGGAUUCCAGGUGGAUUGCACAACCCUAAUGCUAAUCCAUUCAGGGAAGUGAAUGCCAAGAAACCCAUCAGUUCUGGUCCUUCAUGGAAAACUGUUCCCAAGUCCAAGAGUAGCAGUGCCUUACAACAGGAAUCGUCUGCAGCCUCUAAGAGCUGGGUGAAUUUGCAGCAGAGUUUCAAUGAAAACUACAGUCAACCCAUGCGAAGCGAGUUGGAUGAACUAGAAGAGGAGAUUAAAAGGAGAACUAAAGAAGAGGAACUGAGAAGAAAGAAACUGCGAGAAAAGGAAGCAACAAUGGUUUUCAACCCACACCCAAGCAAAUUCAUGGACCUGGAUGAGCUACAGAAUCAGGGGAAGACUGACAAGUUUGAGAGGUCAUUGCAGGAGGUAGAUUCUCUAUUAGAACAGUCUUUCCGUCUUGAGCAAAAGGAUGACUUGGCUGCAGCGCUCAAUCUCUGCAAUGAAGCUGUGUCUAAACUAAGACUUGCUAUGCAUGAAGGCAGUGCCAUCACACACAGCAAAGCCCUUGCUGAUAAGAAGCUCCAUGUUUGCAUGAAGAAGGUUCGAAGUCUGCAGGAGCGCAUGCAACAAUCCAUCCACUCCCCUCCACUGGGGAACCCCGUGACUGAAUGCAAAAGUGUGCAGGCUAGCCAGGUCCAAGUACUGUUAACAUCAGAGAGAGUAAUGGAACCCAUUAGUGAACCAGAUCACAGGCCCAAAUCUUCCCCAGUCCUAUCAGCCUCCCAUCACCAACUUGCCCAACAUGCAUCCAGGUUAUACGAUCCUCAUUCGGAGUCGCAUGGCAAAGCUUCCGCUUCAUUGGCUUCUGAACUGAAACAAAACCAAUCUGCCAGAUAUACCACUGAGCUUCCAUCUCCCCACAAUUCGAAUUGGGUUCCAGCUUUUCUCACCGGGGAGAAGAUGGAGGAGAAAUGUGUAGCUGGUGCAAUGCCCAAACAUCAGAUGAAGAAUAUUGAUGAACCAGUGGAAGAAAAGGAAGAAUUGGACUGUUCAACACUCAACCAUAAACUGACAAUGAGCAAACAUGGCUCCAUGCCACUGCUUACAGCUGAAUACAGAGACGUGAAUCUGAUGUUUCCAUCACCAUCUUCCCACAUGCAGGUGUUAACUCAAAAGGAUGAAAUAGAUAUCUAUUCAAACAGCAGCCCUUAUUCUGUAACCUGCAAUCCUGUAUAUUGCAAUUCAAGACAGUUUAACACAACUGAUACCAAAAUCUUUCCAUGUACAACUUUGUCUUCCACAAGCUUGAACUGGUCUGCUGAACAAUCUUCUACUUAUCAAUCACAUAAAAGUGAUUUUAAUUUGGAUUUCAAUUCAGCAGUAUUUGAUGGCUCCCGUUCACCCAAGUCCAAGACAGCAGUUGAUAGGGUUAAUGUAAAGUCAAUGGCAGCACAGUUUCAAAGGCUAAAUGUUAAGUUGGGCCAGAGAAAUCAUGAAGGUAAUUAUAGAAGUGAUUGUUCAAAUUUUCCACCAAAGACAUUUGAUCAAGAAAUAUCCCAGCUACCUCUGACUUUGCAUCAAGAGUUGGGGUCUCUCCAAGGCAAGGAUCAGUUGGCCAGUGCAAAAUGGUCUUCUGACGGCUUGUAUUCUCCCCAGGUUUCAGAUAGACUUUUAGACUGUAAAGCUGAGGUGCCUGUUACUCCAUCUACGUCUGCUUAUAGAGCAAACACUGAUGCUGCUUCAAGAGAUAUAAACACUCACUCCAGAGGAUCAGGUUUUCCACCUGAUGCUAAGGCAGAUGAGAUAUAUGGACAGCGAUGCCAAAAUGCUGUUAAAUCGUUUUUCAGGGAAACCAGUUAUAACACCUCUGAACCAGAGAGACAGCAAAAUGAGUUUUCCACUAGUACUGCUUCUGUGCCUGUAGACAGAUGGAUUGGUGGUGAUAGAGAACAUUACAUGUCACAACCAGAUUACAAAAGCACUGAACAGCAUCACCUACAUGGUAAUCUCCAUAGUCAAGAAAAUAACACACAGACUCAUGGAAAACAACAAGUGCAACCAUUUAAGAGUACAAAUCAGGAUAUGGAGCUGGAGUUUUCAGAGCUGGAAUCCCUGUAUCAAGCAAGUUUGCAGGUUUCCGAGAAUACCAGAUAUUCACCAGCCAGACUGUUGGCUGAGAAUGCCACCAGACAAAGCAGCGCUAAACCAGUUUCUGCACAUACAGUUACAAGAAAACACUCCUCUUUGCCCGGAAGAGGUCGAUCAAAGACUCCAACUGCAGAGAUUGAGCGCAGUGCUUAUGCAGCGUUACCCUAUGGAGUACCUAUACCAGUCAGUAGCAAGAUGAUGCAAUUCAAUGAAUUUGGUCCAAGAGAAAAUGAGGAAAAUGAUGAUUACAGUGCAGAGAAUUUCCGUCGUAUUGCUCGCAGCCUGAGUGGAACCAUUCUUGCUAACAGAGAUAAUCCUGUGGGUACUUCUCACAGUGUUGAAACAACAGGAAAACACGCGGAGCCUCAGAAAAGAUCGGUCAGUUCCUCUUCCUUGCCCACAUUCCAAGCUCCCUCCCAUGAUCCUCAUGUGUUAACCUCUUUCCCUCAGCACCACCCCAACCUAUCACAGCACCUUUCGUCUGAUCCAUUGUGGCCAAACAAGGCUGGUGAGGCAAACAGAGCAUCAGACAAGAACAUCGAAAAAUUUCUGGCUGUGUUUGACCGGGGUGAAGCUCUCAACCAUGAGAACUACCAGAGUGUUGCAGUAAAUUAUGGAACACUGCCACGCUUUCAGAAGAGUUGGGCCAAAGGACAGAGACCCAUCAGAAAAGACCAGAUGCAUGUUGAGAAUAAGAAUGCAUUCAAGCAGAGAUUGACUCACAGCAACCAAACUGUUCUGCCAGACAAAAGAAAAGUUGAGCAACUUUGCAGAGAUCCAUCCAGCAUAACAGGGUUGAGCAGGCUCCCGCACCAGACUAGGACUGAGGUACGCAAUAGUUAUGGUCACUCUGACCAUUUUGCUGUGCAUCACAGACCUGUGCAUGGCGCUGGUCAAAACAUUUUUCCAAAAAACAACGUGGCAAAUACCUUAAAUCUUCAAAAAUCCCCUUACAAGUCUUCACACUCCAACACUCCAGGUCCAGUCCGUCUUGACGUUCCUCCAGAUGAGGAUUGGCGGAAGACAAUUUAUACUCAUCCUCAGCCUAGUGAGAGGAAGUAUUUGGUCCCUCAUUCUAGUUCAAGGACCAGCGGUACUGGUGUAUAUAUCAGGCGGCCAAUGACCGAACAGACCUCUCCACAGUCAGGCACCAGGCGGCGUCAGUGUGCUCUAUGCCAGCAGGUGUUUAUCGAUGCAACCAUGGUCUAUUGCAAGAACUGUACUGCAUACAUGGCACGGUUUAAGCCACAACACUGACCCCUUUGUGAUCAAGGUCAGCCAAAACCAAUGAUCGUCUCAGAAGCAUUUAUCUUAAAGUAGGCUCAUGCUUAUACUAAACACUGGUACUGCCACUAACCUGAGGUUAACACUGUAACACUGAUCACUUAGUAACUGUGAUGUUGAAAAUUAAAAGUGUUCAUUUAUGGGUUAGUAUAAAUGAAAAAUGAUGAUGGCUAAAGAUUGAAUGUAUUUAAAUUAUAAAACCUGACAUUUCUUUUCAGUUAUUAGUUAGGAAUUGUGUUUAAAGUUCUGAUGCUGGAUGUAAUAACUGCACUGCUCUCCUGUGGAUAUGCAGAAUUGAUUUUUGCUGUAUCACAGUCCUAGCAACACUAUUACUUUGGAUCUUUACACUGAUAUAAAAUGUGCAGUGUUCUGCACUGCAGUACAAUGAUCUGAAUACCACUUGUGGUUUACAUGUCAAGUUGCAACAGGUAUUUUCGGAUGUAAUUGUAGUGAAGACAAUUUAAUAAUCCAUUUAACUCAUUCCAUUUCUAUCAAGUUAAAUGUUAUGUAUGAGAAUAAAUACCAGCAGGCCACUCUAACAUUGUAUUUUAAUCAAUACCUCAAAUUCUGUUUAAAACUCGAUGGUUCCAACAUCUCAAAAGUUGUUAAAGGUGACCUUAAACUUAUGCAGCAGGAUCCCAGCUUAUGUUCCACUGAAAUUGCUCUCUCUGCUAUUUUAGUAAAGGCAUUCACCAUUUAAUAUAAUCAAGUUCCACUAAAAGAGUGGGGAGAGGAAUUGCAUAGAUCCAUUAAGCUUCUGUAAGUCGUGUUUUGGCUGUUCUGCCGCUGAACCCUAUUAAUUAUUUCAAUGAAGUGGAGUGUCUGCAUGGGAAAUUAUUGUUAGCUUCACCUGCAGCAACUUUGUUUUGUCAGUUCUUGGGCUGAAAGGAGUUUAAAGAUGAACAAUACACAAAAUAAUUCACCUUACAGUGUAGGUUUAAUUCAAUUGUAGUUCUAAUUUGGUUGCAGCCUGAGGUAGUGCUUGUACUUAUCAUCUGUGAACAAAUUGUUUUUUCUAUAUCACACAUGAAGGAGCUAAAAUGUAUCUGUUAUGACUGCCCACAUGAAAGACACCUUGAUAGUGUGUUCACUGUCCCAUAUAUAUGUAUAUAAUUGAAAUUCUACUUGAUUGUAGGUCUGAUGUGAGAGACAGCACAUAGGUACUGUUUCACUGAGGGCCACCAGAGAUGAGAAGCUGCUGUAAAAAAUAAAAUGAAGGAUGCAGGUUAAAAUUUAAUGACUGAAGAAGUACGUGUGUACCUGGUCACUGGGCAUGAGUGCGGUGGUGUGAGAAAUUGGGAAAAAUUAGUUUUGAUGUAUGAAAAUUGGAUAGUUGGAAGGAUGUUACAAGGCAGCAAGACAGUCAUAUUUAGAGGACUUCAUCCAUCAGAGUAAAGCUCCAGUUGCGGGCCCACAUGAGCUCUGACUCUGAUUGCCUUUAAUUUCCUUCUACUCAUCUGUUAUUUUUAUAAUGUGUAUGAUUCUGAUUUUUAUUUGUGGCAGCCUGUAAAGUUCGUAGUGACUUGCCAGUAUCCAGAACUGCUGAAGAUCCAUGUGAAAUGUCACCAGUAAAUGCUGUUGUAAUGUCUGCAGAUUCAUGAUGUUGAUCAUGCCGCUGGUGAACGGGUAUUGAGAGGUACUUUCCUGCAGUGAGUACCGGGCCAUUCACACCCUUGUGUAUAUCCUAUAAGAACUCCCAAUGAUAAGUUAUAGGUGUACAGAUGUGGGAUUAAGAGAUUUUAUUGUAGAAAACUGUUUACAGAUUUUUACUGUAAUUUCAUACUUGUCUGCUUAGUAAAAGCUUGAUAUUCUUGCUAAUGUAUUACUGUUAAAAUGUGUACAGCUUUUACAGCCAAUGAAAUGUGAAUUCGAAAAUUUCUGUACCUAUUGGUAUUUAAUUGCAGUGCUAGAAAAUGCGACUCAUAUUUUUGCAAUAAAGUAUCCAAAUGUGCUAAUAA